CCCUCGCUCUGGAGGUGUGGAUUGACGGAUGACAGAGAGAGUGAUACGGCGGGAGAGAGAUAGAAAGAGGGAGGCGACAUGGAAAACAUCUGCAACGGUCAGGAGCAUCGAUCGGGAGGCGAGGAGACAUCAACCUCAUCAUCAAGUCUGACCUGAAGGAAGAACAUUGGGACAUCUUGGAUACAACCAACCCUGGCAGCAAAGCUCAAAGCUGAAUGCAGAUGCUAGAACUGAUUAAUACUCAUCUCUGAAUUUCUGGUUAAGAUCUUGAACGGAUCUACAACGGCCAUGGAUGUGAGUAAGCCGACUUUCAGAUCUAAAUUAGAAACUCUUAGACUCUUAGUUCCAUCAAGAGGUGGAUGUGACUGAACCACCACCAAGAAAACACGGGACAUUUUGGCCCAGCGUACACUUUGAGAACUCAUCGCCAAUGACUUGUUGGCCAGAACUGGGAGAUUCAGAUCUCCAGGAACAGUUUGAAGUUGUUUUCAGCUGGCAAUACCUAUAAUCACUUGUUGCUAGAUCCUCAAAAUCCCCUCUUUCCUGUCAUUUCCCAUCCUUAAAACCUCUUCUCCCCGUUUCUGUCCCUUCCCAAAGAACCUUAUGAAAGGUGGUUUUAGGAAUCCAUUCAGGGAGACACACUUCAAAACUCUUUAAGAACGUCUUCGUCAAUGGUGAACAAAUCCAAAUGUCCACCUUGUUCUUCCCUCUGCUGGUGAAGAAGGUGAGUUAAACCUCAAACCUCCAAUAGAGUAAGAGUCCGUCGUUGGGAUGGGCGGCCCAGCGAGGGCUCUUCUCGGCGGGUUCAGCACUACAACUUCUUCCCUGGCGGUUGGCCCUCGUAUGGCUUGGCCCAGCAACAAGCCCCUGGACCUCAACCAAACCCUGUCGUUGGGUUUAGGUGGAGGCGCGGCUGCCAUGAGUGCAGGUCUGGAAAAUUUCACCCAGGAGUCUGUGACCAGGUCGGCGAUCAAAGACAAGAACUGGCCGGCGCUGCUCAUCCUCGUCAUCAUCGCGCUGACGAUCGGAGGCAACAUCCUGGUGAUCCUGGCGGUGUCGCUGGAGAAGAAGCUCCAAAACGCAACCAACUUCUUCCUGAGGUCUCUGGCCGUGGCGGACAUGCUCGUCGGCAUCCUCGUCAUGCCGGUCUCCCUCAUCAACAUCCUCUAUGACUACGCCUGGCCCCUCCCCAGCGCCCUGUGUCCCAUCUGGAUCUACCUGGACGUGCUGUUCUCCACCGCCUCCAUCAUGCACCUGUGCGCCAUCUCUCUGGACCGAUACGUGGCCAUCAGAAACCCCAUCGAGCACAGCCGCUUCAACUCCAGAACCAAAGCCAUGAUGAAGAUCGCCGCCGUGUGGACCAUCUCUAUAG